UCCUUUUGACAUUUCUAAUUUUAAGUUUCUAUCUUAUCGGAUUGAUGUAACCAUUGAUCGGGUUUUGGAGAGGAUGCUUCAAUCUGAUGAAGUAAAACCAUGUCUAACUGUCUAAGAAAGAAGAUCGGAGUGAUGUUCUGAUCGUACCCAUUAAUUCAGUUACCGAAUGCAGCUAGAAUUCAGUAUUAACAAAGACAAGUUCAGGAGAUUCUGCACAUUGAGAUAAUGCAAUAUUCUGGUUCAACAACACCAUUUGUAUGUAUGAAUAAUGACAAGCUGUCAUCAAUAAACAAAUAGACAAGAAAGCCUUUGUAGAUGAAAUCUUGCAGCUGUGAAAGUUGGGUGGCUGAGCAGUUUGGGGUGAAGAAAUUCAGGAAAAUAGCUACUUGGAUGAAUUCAUGGAAGGUAUUCAUUCUUUUUCCCCCUUGAUAGCUAAGAGAUGUAAGAGAAGCCGAAGAUAGUAGAUCAUAAAGUCCGAAAACCAAAGGAACAAGUGGGCACAUUCUUCCCCCACUCAAGGCCACACUACUCUUUAUUUUCUCUUUUGCCAUCAUUUUGGAUUGGCCCAAUUUGAUUCUUGAUAAGCAGAUAAGGUACGUUAACCAACUCUGUUGGCUGGAUUCCGCAGUGUGGGGUAGUUUGUGUUUAUCCUCUCUCUAAUUAUCUACCCCUUCAUCAAUUAAUGCCACUCAUUCGCUGUUAAUUAUAUAAAUCUUUUCUGCUUAGUGGUGUACAAAUUUUGCUCCUAAUAACUCUUCAGCAUCAUGCUGAUGCUGGAUCCAACAUCGUGAUGAACGUGACUAAAUAAAGCAUAUAGCUUUCUACCAAAUAAUUGAAAUUUAUAAGUUCUGAGAACUGUUCAAGUUCUUAAUUAUUAGCUGCCUAUACAAUUAUGCUUACCCAAUCCUAUUCGCAGUUGUGCUAGUAUAUAACUAUGCAUUAGCUAUCAUUAACUUUAUUUAUCUACUCAUUUUGGACGGUAAUUUCGUAAGAAUGGCAGAGAGGAAAGAAAACCACUAACUCCAUAGUGCAGUCAAGGAAGCUUUCAAUGUCCCUUCACAGGAAUCAUAAGUGUGUCAUAAACAAAAGCUGAUGGAAAAUUAAAAAUAGAAAAAGAAGCAAGUAUAUUGUUUGAUCAGGUAACAGGAUUUCAUAAUGUCAUGUAAAAAGCGGUAUUAGAGGUCAUUUGUGUUUAUACAACACGUGAUAAUUUGUGUUGCUCACUUUUCUUAUUAGAAAAAUUCAUCUGAUAAUAGUGCUAAAUUUUGGGACAAAGCAGUCAAUUUAAAAAGCAGUAGAGUGGUGUUUCUGAAUUUGCAAUAACUCUGGUGCACAGACACCAACAAAAUGAAGGACCCAAGACCACAUUUUACUGUUGUCAUAAUUGUCCUUUUAUUUUCAUUCGUGUCUUGUGUGUCUCAUACUGAAGAAGACUUCCUUCAGUGUCUUCAACUUCAUAACUCCGCGUCAAUCUUUAAGCUUGUCUACACCAAAACCAAUUCCUCCUAUUCAUCUGUACUCAAGUAUUCUGUUCACAACCAUAGAUUUGCCACCAAAACAACCCCUAAACCCCUUGUCAUUGUGACACCCCGGCAUGCUUCCCAUGUUCAAGCCACCAUAAUUUGUGCCCGACGCCAUGGCUUGCAGAUUCGAACCCGAAGUGGUGGCCAUGACUUUGAGGGAAUCUCCUAUACUUCUCGAGUUCCAUUUGUUGUCAUUGAUCUCAUAAAGUACAGAAAAAUUGAGGUGGACGUAGAAAAAAGAACUGCAUGGGUUCAAGCCGGGGCAACUAUAGGUGAACUUUAUUAUAGAAUCAAUGAGAAAAGCAAAACUCUGGCUUUUCCAGCGGGUGUAUGCCCCUCUGUAGGAGUUGGUGGACACUUCAGUGGCGGUGGCUAUGGAUUCUUGAUCCGUAAAUAUGGCCUUGCUGCUGAUAACAUAGUUGAUGCUCACAUGAUUGAUGUGAAGGGAAGGCUUCUUGACAGAAAAGCUAUGGGUGAGGACCUUUUCUGGGCCAUUAGAGGUGGUGGUGGAGCAAGCUUUGGAGUCAUCCUAGCAUGGAAGGUCAAACUAGUUUCAGUUCCAUCAACCGUAACAGUAUUCAGAGUUAAAAGAACCUUGGAACAGAAUGCAACUAAGCUUAUUCUUAAGUGGCAGCUUGUGGCAAGUAAAAUUCAUGAGGACAUAACCAUUAAUCUCAUAUUGCAAAGGGUGAAUUCAAGUAAAAAGGGAGAGUUAACAACACAAGCCACAUUUGAAGCCGUGUUUCUUGGAGGUAAGGAUCAGCUCAUUCCCCUGAUGCAAGAAAGCUUCCCAGAAUUGGGUUUGGUCAAGGAAGAUUAUACCGAGAUGAGCUGGAUCGAAUCGGUCGUCUUCAUGACUAGAGUUGCUCGAUCCCUUGGUUAUUUGCUGCAAAGAAAUCCAACUUCAGUGCAAACUACUUAUAAAGCAAAAUCUGACUAUUUGAGACAUCCCAUUCCUGAAGAUGGGUUAGACGGAAUAUGGUCACUGUUCAAUGAAGAUGAGGGCAAAGGUGUAUUUAUGCAAUUGUUUCCUUUUGGGGGCAGAAUGGAUGAGAUUUCUGAGUCUGAACUUCCAUUUCCACACAGAUCUGGAAACUUGUGCUUAGUUCUUUACCUAGUUUUUUGGCAGGAAGAAGGGGAUGAAGCCGCACAAAGGAACAUCCAUUGGCUUAGAAGGCUAUAUAGCUAUAUGGAACCGCUUGUUUCAAAGUCCCCUAGAGCUGCAUAUGUCAACUAUAGAGAUCUUGAUAUUGGGGUCAAUAACAUUAAUGGCUACACAAGCUAUAAGCAAGCUAGCGUUUGGGGUGAGAAGUAUUUCAAGAACAACUUCAAUAGGUUGGCACAUGUGAAGACCAAGGUUGAUCCUCUUAAUUUCUUCAGGUAUGAACAGAGUAUACCUUCACUCGUGUCAAAGAGUCACAAAUAAAUAUUUUAAGAUCUAAAAUCUUGGAAUGUCAGCAGCAUAUAUAAUCAAAUAAGCUGCUUUAUUCAUUUGCUUGUGUAUCAGUGUAUGGAGGGUGUCCUUCUUCCAUAACAAUAUUAUUUCAGAGGCUACUUCAAUGCCUAAUAUAUAUUUUGCAUGAGGACCUUGAGAGCUUCAAGAUGGUUAUUUAUAAAAAAGAAAAAAUAUGUUUACUGUGUCCUAAAUUUUUCUUAUCCUGAAUCAAAAU